UUUUUGAAACGAAGCAAACAUAAUUAGUGAUAUUGGUGUUAAAAUGUUACGACUUUAUGGAUUAAUAUGUGUGUACAUCAUUUUAGGAAUAUGUAAAAUUUAUAAUGCAGAGGUUGAUACUCCAGUAACAUUCACUUUCAAAGAAUAUCAAUAUAAGGAUUCUCCAAAAAACGAAAUGACAUUCAGAGAAUUUGAAACAGCAUGUGAACAAAGUAGUGCUUGUAGUCACUUAAAUGGGUUGCAAAGAACCAGAUGCGUGAGGGAGUGCGUUUCUCCAUCCUGUUAUAGAGAUCUUUACCAAGCAGAUCAGCUAGAAGAAGGAGAAAUUGAUGUACGCCUAAAUUCUUUCAAGGGCUGUUUUAUUCAAAGAAGUGGGCGAACAAGAAAUUGAUUUCGUAUAAAUACUAUAAUUAUAUCAAUGAUUUUAUGUGCUAAUAAAAUAAAGAAGAUUAAUCGGAAAGUGCAAUUUUUAAUAAUAAUCUUAGCAUGUACUACAUCCAAAGAACUAACAUUUCUGAAAUUUAUUCUAAAAAGAGAACAUAAUUAAUCUGUGUCUAAUCCUAUAAUUCUAAUUCCUAUGGUGACUAAAGAAACAGACAUGAAAUAACCAGCUAAUUGAGAAGUUUAGAAGAAGCAAACAUUUAAUACUGUUAAUGCCUAUAUAAUGAGGUAAACACAAGAUUAUGAUGUUUCUGAUACAGAAUUAGAUAGAUUGAGACUAUCUAUAGUAUUGUUGAUUUUAAUAAUAAUAAAUUCUAUGACUAUUGAUCAUAAACUUUUUUAUUUACAUAUAUUACAUUAACAUCUUUUAACAAAAAACUUGAUCUCUCGUUUACUAUGUACAUAUUCAAUCUCACGUCACUGUAAGUAAAUGUAAAACUCAUGUAGAAAUCAAGCAACCACAUGCAGUUUGAUCCAAAAUAUCAACUUUAUUAUUUAGAAUUUCUUCAUUUAAAAGCAAUCUCAAAUAUUAAUCUAUUAAAAUAACAUAUUCUUGAUUAAGGUCAAAGACUUCAAUAAUUAUUUUCGACAAUCCUGAGUGACAUUAAAUCCUUAAAUCGAAAAACAAGAAUUUGCCUCUCAUGGUAUGUUAUUACAGAGGGUCCGUAGACUUUAGAAACCAUGUACCAUCAGACGAGUUGUAUGUUUUUUUGUCACCUUCAUUUUAUAAAAAAGAAAACAUUAUUAUUUUGAAACAUUUGAGAUAACAUGCAUAAUAAACUGAUUCUUACCACGA